AUGCCAACCACCCUUCACAGCAGUUUCAAGCUCCUAGCCACCCACUGCACCACCACCACCGCCACCCACAGCCCCACCGCCAGCCCCGUCCUCCGCCGCCGCCGCCGCAAGACUCUCCGCAUGCUACUCCACCACGACCCGCCGGAAUCCGCCGACAACCACGUCAGAGUCCGCUCUAAGCUCAAGGAUUUGCUCCUCUCCUCGCCGCCUCCACCGCCGAUCACAAAACGCCAAGAGCAGGCCACCUUUCUCCCCGCCUCCACUGGCGUCGGUUUCCGAUCCCGGACCGGCUCCAGACUCCGUCGUGGUGUCUCCGCCGCUGGGCCGGUGUCGCUCCGGCACCGACUGUUGAGAAGAGCGUGGCGGCCGGUUCUACUAUCUAUCCCUGAAUAG